AAGGCAAGCGGGUGUGCCGCUACGCCGCCGUUGUUGUUAGGCAUUGGUUUUCAAAAUGGCGGACAAUUGCGUUUUGUAGGCUCUUGUCGAAUGUCCGAAAGUGCAUUUUACGAACCGCGUACAACCACUCAAGGGUAUCGCAAAAUGUGGACCUUUGGGUAACGCAUUGCCUGUCGAUGUAGCCGCGUAGUUAAUUGAAGCCAAAUCAAUAAGGAUAUAAUGGCUUCUGCUUUAGAAGAAAGAGAAGAACAAAGUUCAAAAUGCUUUAUAUGUAAUGUCAGAGUGACUUCACGGUCAUCAUACAAUGUUUACAGUACAUUUAUGCCACAAAGAGACGUUUUGCUUGUGGAUGUUAUGGCAAAAAUUCUCAAAAAAAUAUUGGAUCCAGCUCAUAUGAGAAGCUCAGUACUAUGCCGAAGGUGCUUUACUCUGUUUGAUGAGCUUGAUCAGAUAUCGAUACGCUUUAAGAAACUACAAACUGAUAUUAUUAAACGUUACACGUCUACAUGUAUUGAAUAUAAGGAUCCUGAUUUUAUAAACACAGUUAACGAUAUGAGUCCACAGAUAAAAGGUGAAUCGCCAUCUGUUACACAAGAAGAAGCUAAAGAUAAAUUAUUUAUGAGUAAUGACGAUGUAAAAUCUACAGAAAAAACACCUAAAGAUAUUGAUGAAAUAGUUGAAACCAUUAUAAGUAACAUUCAAGCUGAAGAAACUAUGCACGAAGUUAAAUUGUUCAAUGCUUCAAAUUCUUCAAGUCCUAAAAAGAAAAAGGUGUCUAUUAAUGAAAACAUUACAGAAUGUAUUGUCGAAGAUAUCAUAGAAGAAACAGCUAUGCCUGACUUAAUGGAACAAUCACCAUGUGAAACUAGAUUACGAAAACGUAAUGUUAGUAUGAUAUUUAAAUGUGAGCAAUGUGAUGAAACGUUUCGAAGACCGCUCGAUUUGAAAAAGCAUUGUUCUGCUGUUCACCAAACUCCUUCAAAGAGAUUUAUGUGCUCUCUUUGUGAUAAAAGUUACUCCACUAAACAGUCACUGAAUAGCCAUUUAUCUAAAGAACAUAAAUCUCCCGAGAAGAAAUUUAAUGAGCAGUCCAAUAUAGCCAGCCCAAUUAAAAUGGAAAAUGAUAAGUCUCAAUCUUCGAUUGAUUCUGCCCUUGAAGUAAAUGCUGAGUAUACAAAUGGUUCUAUUGAAGACAUUAUGGUAGAUAUUAAGCCAGAUUAUUCGAUGGAGAACAAUAUAUACUUGGAAGAAGUUGUGCAGGAUGAUAAAGAAUACGAUGAUUUUGAAUGGAAAGAAGUCGAGAAAGUGGACUAUAAUGAAGAAAAUGUUGUUGAUGACAGUUUAAGCGCACUCGAUAGUUCCGUAAACACAAAUUCUGGUUCAGACAGGUCAGGUAAAAGACAGAUGAAAAAGGGUCGGAAAAAAAGAGGCAGCUCGCGUUCAGGCGAAAGAGCAUGUUUACCUGCUAUUCAUGGUUGCGAGCUAUGCGGAAAAAAAUGGAGAACUGUUACUGAAUUAAAAUCUCAUAUACAAUCUCACAGUACCAUUAGACCUUACGUGUGCGAGGUAUGUGGUCAAGCGUAUAAAAUGAAAAAAGCUUUAGACGUUCAUGUUGGUAUGCAUAACGGCAUACAUCCUUUUACCUGCGAAUAUUGCCAUAAGUCUUUUACUCAAAAAGUUGGUCUACAAAAACACAUUCCUAUUCACACUGGAUAUACAAGAUUUCAAUGUGAUUUGUGUGGUAAAAGGUUUAUUCAUCAGAAAAGUUUUCAUAUACAUACUAUGACACAUACUGGUGAAAAACACGUCAAAUGCCCCGAAUGUGGUCUUGCGGUCUUAUCGCAAUCUCACCUGAAACGUCAUUUGAGAGUUCAUACCGGAGAGCGUCCUUAUGCUUGCCCUAUAUGUGGAAAACGUUUUGCGGAAAAAUACAACAUGAAUGCACACGUACAUAUACAUGACAACAAUUCGGGAAACGGUCCAAGACGAAAUAGAAAUCACAUAUGUCAAUUAUGCGGCAUGAGUUAUGAUCGAAAGCAUAAGUUAGAAUAUCAUUUGGCUUCUACGCAUAACAAAAUUGACAAUAAGGUUUCUCAAGAUCAACAACCCGAGCAGCAGCAACAAUCUCAAAAUGAAUAUUUUCAAGAUGGUUCACAGAGUCAUCAAAUCAUCACAGUAGACAAUAGUACAAUCGAGCAUAACAGUAGUACAGCUAUGAUAACUGUAAGUGGUGUUAAAGUUCCAAUAUCUUUGGACGGAACACCAAUUAUGGUUACUACGUUGCCUCAACAGUCGCAAAAUACAAACUUGGUUCCUCUAACUAUACCUGCUGGUUCUAUACUUGCUUAUACGCCUACAAAUUCAAAUGAAAAUGACCAACCGAUAGUUGACGGAACGCAAAACACCUACAUGCAACAAACUCCAGUUACUAUACAAUUAUCUUAAAAAUAAAGAUUAACAAUUAUUGACCAUCAAUUAUUUUAAAGGUAGUAAAGAGUUUGAUUAAAUAUUUUUAAUUUUUUUUUAUUAUACUUUCAUAUUAAACAUUUUACUUUUUCAUUCAUUUUAUCCAUUAACCCAUUUCCGGCCAAGGGUGUAUUUAUUUCAUGGUGCGUGUACGCACCAUUGGCCAGAAAUGGGUUAAAUGGAAGUACACGUGUAUGAAUAUUACUAAAAAAUCAUAGACACCAAUUUAUAUUAAUUUUCAGCAGGGCCAUUGUGUGGGACAUUAUGUCUCAUAGACAGCCCAAUAUUGUGUAAUUGUAUUUUAUUUGGGCUGCCCACAUAUUUUUAUGUGCAUAACUCGAAAAUAUUCAUAAAAUCCUUGAAAAUGUAUAUACAAGUAGGUAUUGUAAUGCAUUUUCCUAAACUCGUUUCAAUCAAAAUUCUUCAUUAUUUUCGAUUAUAGUAUUGUAACAAGGAAUUUAUGAUAACAUUGAUUAAAAUAUUAAGAAAAAAUCUGCCUUAGCAUCAAAAGAUUUUUUUUUAAUCGUAAAUUACUAGUACUUAUUCUAGGAUUCCUGGGUGAUAAGAGAAAUUGAUUAAUAUUAAUAAGCAAUUCGAUUUAAAAGUCCUUUUUUACAUUAUAUAAUUUAGGUAUUUAUACUUACUAGGUUUGUUGUCGUCAAUUAUAGGAUUUAAUGUUUUAUAUUUUAAAUUUAGGGUACAAAACAAAAACUUUUAAUGUAAAAAUGCUUAGUUUAUAAACAAUAUAUUUAUGUUGAAAAAUACUGUGUUGUAUAAUUUCUUUGAAUUCAGUCCAGUGACUAGUUUAUAGUUUAUGAUGUUUUAUGGUUUCAGUGACACUUUUAAUUACUUAAUCACGUUUGUGGUUAUUUCUUUUAUUUCACAUAUUGUUACUACUGCCUUAUUGAUAUUUUAUUAAACACUUAACAAACUAAAUUUAAAAUUGUUGCGAAAAACUUUGAAAUACUGACCCUUUCAUUAUUUAUAUGUAUUGCUGAAUAAUAAAUAUAAUAUACAUAAUUUAUAUAUGUAAAAUAAGUAAAAUAAAGUGGUAUUAAAUUGUGUUGAUUAAAAACGAAUAUUUUAUUUAACUAAAUUAUUGUGUAUCAGUUUAAUUUUUUAAUUGUACACUGACUGAUACAGUUGCUGCAUCACUUUUCUUUUUAUAAACACAUAUUUCAAAAGGAAUUAAUAAGUUAAAAGUUGUUAAUGCGUACUCUUAAAAAAAAAUUUUUUUUUUAAAAGAAUUGUUGUAAAAUAUUUAUUUUAUAAUACCCGUUGUAAUUUUUUUAUCAAACUAUUAUAUUUUAUUAAACCAAAAGAUAUUUCAGGUUUUUAUUUGAUUUUAACUGCAUAUAAUUUUCCUAUUACAUACUGUUAUAUUUUUACUUGCUUAAUAUAUAUUUUUUUACCACAUUUCUAAUAAUUGUAGAAAUGAUCAUUAAUUGUAUUUGUAAAUUCAGAAUUGUAUUCAUAGUUUAUUUAAAACCUAAUUUAUUGACUAGUGUUUUUAUUAUCAAGAGUAAUAUUAUUGUUAGUUUUAUACUUAUUUUUUUAUUACGUAUGUUUUUAUAAUGUUGGUACUUAUUGGUAGGAUUUUACAAUUGUUUCAUGCAAGUGCCAUUAUGUAUUACAUAUGAAGUUAUUACAUGUGCAUCACUAUUAUUUUUUUAAGAUUUAUUUUAUGGUAUUAAUACCAAUUAAAAUAUGUUAAGCCAGCGAGUUGUAACCAGAUUGGCUUGCAACUUUUAGUUUAGCCUUCAGGCCAAUAAUAAAUGUUGUAUAAUUUCA